ACAGGUGACAAUGUUCACGCUUCUAAUAUCACAAAAGAAAUCGCCAAAUUAGUUACGGUUGAAAGAAUGAUUAUUUUGCCACUGUUUCUUUUUAAUGGAUCUUGUGUUUCUAAUUUUCUUUAUUGUAACUGGUGGCAACAUAUCAUUUUAUGUCAAAGCAAGUGUUGAGCGACCUGUGAAGUUUAUACUUUUCUCUGUUUUAGUAUAAGUUAGUAUAAGUGUUUAGGGUAAUUACAGCAUUAUAAUAUAAUAUAUAUUUGUCAUAUAACAGAACAAUCUAAUUGGCAGAUUGCUAGAGAACGGUGACCUACAUAAAGAAUGGAAGGUGGAGUUCUAGAGUUUGACUCCGUUUGGAGGAAGAUUAAACCCUGGGGAAAAUUUCAGAUGUUCCAGUUUUGUCUUAUUCUCAUAGAUUAUGUUCCGGCUUGUUUUGCAAUUUUAAGCGCUGUGUUUACUGGCAAGUACAUCAAUCCUUUUAUAAUUAAUGUUAACAUGCAUACGUAGAUCAAGUUAACAAACUCAAAAAAGAACGUACCGUUUUAUCGUAAGUAAGGACCAAUUUAUUUAAUGAUUCAUGUCAAUACAGUGUGAAAAAUUACUUCAAGAAGUAUAUAUGUGCUAAUUUCAAGUCACAAACUACUUAGAUGUACAUUUUUCCAUUAAGGGUAUAUACCUGACUACACGUGCGAAGUGCCACCGUCUGCAAAUGGAACUUCAGAAAACGAGAAUUUCACUUACGAGGCAGGUGAAUGUGACUACGACGUGUAUUUAAACGAAGGAAAUAUGUCAGUAUUUGUAGAGAAGAGAGAUUGUGACGGGUUUAUUUAUUCAAACACACUGACUUAUGCAUACGAGGUAUGGGGUUUCGAGUAAUUGCAAGUUUUUUUUGUUUUCAUAUUGAACAAUGCAUUUAAAAAUGCUGACUUUCUUCAGAUACCAUUCGCGACUUAUGUCCUUAAAAUGUUUGAGUUUUUGCGUGUCUCAAAAUGCUAUAUUACAGAUAUAUUGGAAUGUCGUAUAAUGGUGAAUAUUUUGCGGUUUUUUUUCAGUGGAAUCUGGUAUGUUCACGGUCAAAUCUGGCCGCCCUGGCACAGUCGUUAGCACUGCCGGCCAGGGUCUAGGAGCACUGAUAAUGUCUCAUCUAGCAGAUAGAUUUGGCCGGAAGACGGUUCACGUGCUUGCCCAUAUAGGUGUAAUGGUGUCCAUGGUUAUAAUGGCGUUCUCAACUAAUAUUAUCAUGUUGUUAACACUUAGGCUCAUCACAGGGACAUUUCAACAGGGCAUUGUAUGCACUGGAAAAAUCCUGGCGUUAGAGUUGUUUCCACGAGAAGUCCGUUCACAUACAGAAGCAGCAUCAUUUAUUGCAUGGUCUGUAGGCAUAAUGAUCCUCGCACUAUUUGGAUAUGUUUUCCGUGGGGUAGAUUGGCGUUAUCUUCAGAUAGGACUGAGUGCAUUUUCUUUUUACGCCUUGUUUGAGUGGUGGAUGCUGGAAGAAUCCGUUAGAUGGCUACUUACCAACGGCAAGGUAAAACAAGCAAAGAAAAUUUUGAAGAACGCAACAAAGUGGAAUAAGGUUGAAUACAAGAAAAUCGAGGAUCUUCCCCAUUUUAUGAAAAAUCAAAAUCAGUUGAAACUGAGAUUAACACGAUUGGAAAGUUCAUAUGACACUCUACCAGAUGGUGGCGAGAAAGGGAAACGUGAUAAAACAGUGGUAAAAUACAAUGUCAUCGACAUUCUCAAAAACCCUAAGCUGAGAGUGAAUACAUUAAUCCUGUGGUUUUCAUGGCAAGUAUUUCCAGGGAACUAUAUAAAUGAAUACAGUCUCUUUAAAUAAGUGAUCAGCUGGUCAUUUUGGUCAUUAAAUUAGCCCGGGUCUAAGUUUUGAAACUAUACAUCACUUUUGUAGAUGUAGUCCUUUAUUUAUAUUGUUGGGUUUAACGUAGCACCGACACAAUGAUUAUAGGUCAUAUGGCAACUUUUCAGCUUUGAUGGUGGAGGAAGACCCCAGGUGCCCCAAGUGCUUUAUUUCAUCUCAAGCCGGCACCACCGCAGAUGUAGUGAAGUUUCCAAUUUUUUCCUUCCUGAAUUAUUAGUCAAUUUUUUUUUUAGAUAUAUCAACAAUCAUGAUCGAUUCGCUUUCAAUGUUCAGGCUUUUCUCAUUCAACUGUGAUCAAAUGAUGAUUCUGUUUAGCUCUAUCUUCCAUAAAGUGGAAACAUUAUUGUCUCUGUAACUGUGUUUAUACUAGAAAAUAUUGAAUAUUUUUACCAUUAAAAGACAAAUAAAAGAAUAUAUGAACCUUUUUAUAUAUCCAGGAUAGUGGCAAUGGGGUCAUAUUAUGGUCUGACACUGGUGUCAACUCACUUGGCCGGGGAUCGGUUCGUCAACUUCUUUUUGAGCGGCGUUAUUGAGGUUCCAUCACUUCUGCUGGAGUUCUACCUGUUCAACAAAAUUGGGCGUAAAAGAACAAUGAUUCUGUGGUUUGCUACGGCAGGUGUGUCUUUAAUUAUCUCAACUGCACUGCUCACUGUAUUUAAGGAUAAUGUGUUGGAGACAGUGGCCACAGUGUUUGCACUCGUAGGAAAAUCAGCCAGCACUGGAUGCACAAGCACAAUGUUCUUGUACACGCCAGAAAUAUAUCCUACAAAUUACAGAAACAGUGGUCUCGGUAUAGCUUCCUCCAUUUCGCGUAUUGGUGGAAUUUUGGCGCCCUUUGCCAGCAAUCUGGCAUUGAUAGCGUUAUGGAUACCCGGUGCAAUAUUUGGCGGGAUGUGUUUGUUGGUUGUGCUUCUAGCAAUACGACUUCCGGAAAGCGCCGCCCAUGAACUUCCUACAACGAUUGCUGAGUGCAAUAAAUGGGAAGAGCAGGACAAUAUAUCGUCAAUGUCAUUUGAAGUUAAACCUGGCCCAUCUGACGAAGAUGGAGAAAAAUCUGUCAGACUUUAAGCUGGCAAGUCUGUUGAAGCUGUUGAAUAGUCCUUGAAGUCAAUAUAUACAAUAGAUACAUGACUGAAAUACUGUUGAAAAACGUCGUUAAACCCAAAACAAACAAACAAACAGACUGAAUACUUUUCACUAGUUCUUUCUUCACGGAUUAAAAACAA